AUGGCCGCACUUACCUCACAAGAUCGUCAUCAAAGGCCUCCAAACUCAAUACCUUCAUCUCCCGACCUCGAAGCAGACAAUCAGACCUUUAAUCCUAGACACAACACUGCUAUUGAUCCCCAAGAACCCAGUGGCUUGAAUAUCACAUCAGAUCCGGCGUCUUUGGACCAGAGCCGUUUUCUUGCUUCGGCCACCUCAUCACGAAGCAGACCAGCUGAUCGAGGUGAACCUUUGGCUACCUCUUCACGCAACACAGCAUCGGAAGGUGUCCCGCAUGAUGAUCUAGGGGAAAAUAUUUAUGACACAUCGGCUUAUCUGGACAACAAGCUGGAAUCUGCCAAUCCGGUAUUGAUUUACCCGCUCCUCAUCACCGCGGCUCUGUAUUUAUUUGAGCACAUAUCUAUUUCAACCGCUAGUUGGCUUUUAGGAGCGCUUCGUGGAUUAAUUCAACUCGUUAGGCUUAUCUCUCUAGGUCGCUUUCAACCAGAAGAUCCGGAGGAUCUAUUGUUUUUUGAUCAACUCACCUUGGAAGAGUUACCUCGUGACAUUCGCACCAUAAUCUCGAAGUUCCAACUCGACCCCAAGCUCAUGGUCUUCAACUGCUGCCCAACAUGCUUUGCUCUAUACCACCCUGGCCAGACCCCUCCAAAAUGUACCUACCAACUAAACGAAGUUCCUGGAUUUUUCUCUCUUGACCAACCUAUGGACGUGGAUCAUUCAUCUCUUGACAAAGACGAGACUUGCUCGGAGGAACUUUUUCAAGCAGAUGAUUCCGACCCUGAGGUUGUUGCACACAACGUUCAGGACACCCGCAAUCUAUUGAAUGACAUGGCGAAUGAGGACUUGUAUGAAAUUGAAGCUAGUCAACCGCCUCCGGCUAAUGAUGGAGUCUGUUUCAAUGACAUCGAAUUCAACACCAACACUUCAUCUAACGAUACUGACUACGAAAAUCAAGAGCUAAUGGUUGUGUUGUUUACAGGACAAAUGGAGAUAACAUUCAUGAAAGGGUUCAGCCGAGCGGGCAAUCUAGCCGCUCUACUCAAAGGAAAAAGAGUUCCAACAGCGCUAAACCCUUACCUGCCACAGCUGUGUUCAUUAUUUGAACCAAUCCCCUACGUUCCGAAAACUACCUCGUCCUCCGAUCAGAAGAAAGCAAUCGAUGCUGACAUCUACAAGCAGAUGAUAGAACACAUGAAUCGCGAGCGUCUCAAUGAAUGUGCUUGGAAAUCGGCUUCCGAGUGGAACUUCCUUCCAGAAAACGAAAAGAGGGUCACUGCACCGGUUUCAGACAGCGCUCGAUUUGUGAAACGAUACGUGCACAAGGGAGUUAACUUUACCACAUUCGAAACCAGCAAGGCCAAUAGUGUGGUUCAAGUAAGGUCACAAGUCAACAAUAUGAUGUCUUUCGGCAAGAUCAACUCGAUAUUUGUCCAUCGAAGAACUCCAAUUGGGUCACUGAGCUCACUCGACGAUACUUGGGUAUCUGUGGAGCUUUUUCAGCCCGUUCCGCCCUCAAAACCGAAUUGUUUUCUCAGAUUGGACGAGCCAGAUGUACAAGCCCACUUACGAAUCACCACAACCGCAGCUCCCUCUUUGAUACAUAUAAGUCAAAUAGUUUCUCACUGCGCCUGGAUUGAAUAUCAAUCCAAGGAGAUCACGCCGCUGCUUGAUCUGCCUAGCAUUGCGCUGGUCUCUCUAGAUCGUGAAUAG